UAAAGCAGAACUCAACAUCGGACCAAGGACGGUUAGGUUGUGCCCGGCUGUGUAACCUCGCAGUCUUGCGGUGUGCUUUAUAUGCUCCCAUGGAAUAACGUUGACUUCUCCACCAUCUCGGACUAUACUGGAUUUAUUAUUCGACGUGGAUUACUGCAUUUUCAGAAGUUUUCUUCUUUUCUGAUGAUUGAAGAACGACGAUGGACACGACAGUCGGAAGACGCUGUAGAGACCGGGAGGACCUUGUGUAAAUCACGGAGAGACGAAGACAGGUCCCAUAGGGGGUCUACCGGAAGGGGCGGACUUACGAGCUCUAUUGGAGUGAACAGGCAUAUCUACUUCUGGGACUCCAUAAAUCAAGGGACCCGUCCACAGCCCGCUUAAACAGCUGCAAUACCAGGCUUGGCCGCUGAGCACUGGUGGUUUGCGGAAGUAUGCACUGCUCCUGGGAGCCUGCUACUAGUGAGUGACACGCUCUGAGAACAUCUGUUCCGAGUGGACUGCCCAUGUUCCAGUAUCAUCCAAUCGAGUUAGAACACCACUCCCGCCUCAUUUUCAUGUGCGGAACUCAUCAUGGCGGAGAAACGGUGCAUUUUAUUUUUUUAAAGUUGGGACCAGAGGAUCGUUGCCAGCUUUAAGGUUGUGCUUCAUGUCAACCCAAUGCAAGCCAUACCCAUGCAAAUCUGAAAGGGUGGCAUGAACCUAGGGUGGGAUCCCAACGGGGCACCCGUUCAGAUGUCCCAGCCCCUCACCACAGGGCAGAUGAACAUCAACCCAUGUACCUCCAUGGCCGAGCGACGUGCCGCAGGUACCAAUGGCUACAAUAGGAUGGACUCCACUGCCACCGUUUGGGUGUCCCCUGCAUCGAUUCCAACGCCAUACUUCCCCGCCAGUACUGUUGGACCCAAGGAACUUGCUCAUAAUGGGGGACGCAUCACAGCUCUGUCUCCUCCACCCUCGGAGGACCAUGGCGUGUUGAGGAGGGUCCAUCAGCAGCAGAGGCAGAAUCCUCAUGUUAGGGCAACGCAUAACCUACCACCAUUAGUCGAAUCACACUAUCAACAUUCAUGGUCACAGAAGGGCCAAUCAAGGAGGGAGGUUUGUGAGUGGAGUAAGUCUGCUCAGAAAAACUGUAGACUGACUGGCAGCUUGGCCGGUGAUGAGGACGACGGUCCAGAUUCACAGUGUGGGCGCAGACGUCAAGAACUUAAAUUGGGAGGAGAGAUCUCUGCCUUAAAGCGGCACCAACCACUGCACUCGUUUGAACAGAGUGAGCGUCGCCCCAGUGUUCCAGCAGUAAGCACAUCAUCUGCAUCACAGUUAGUGAGUACACAUAGUCAGGAUCCUUCUUCAGUUGGGAAAGAGCAUUGCUCUCACACCCCUUGCCCUGUUCCACACCCAGCUCACCUUAAGCUCAAAGCAAUGAGCAAAAAUAAACGUUUUACUGAUGCCCACAUUCAUGAUUUCCUUAUGGAAAGAGUGUCUAACAUAAUGGCGGGACGGACCCAGUGUGGCGGGAGCAAGGGUGCAGAACGGACACAUUGUUUGAGUUCCAGUACCUUAAAUGUAUGCCUGCCAAGCAAGCAGAACACUGGUUCAUUACAUUUGAAAAUAGACGAAUCAGCACCCCGGCAUGUCACCUCUACCGCAUCAUCGGAGGAAAUCUGCGUUUCUUCUGCCGGGAGUGCUGGUAGUCCAGCUCUCGACUGCAACGGGAAUGAGAAGUGGUCCACUGCGUUCGGAAAAGGGAUUCAAGAGAAGCAAUCAGCGUUGACUCGUAAUGUUUUAAAGCAAGAUGGCCAACCUAAACCAGAAAAGGACUCCACAGAAUACCCGAAAAUUAUGAUGCUCGCUGCGGAGGUUUGUGCAAAGAACGACAACGAGAAUCCAGUGAUUCUCUCUGCACUCUCAGGAACAACCCCAAAGGAGUUCAUAGAGCAGCGAGCUGCCUCAGAGGUUGAAAACGGUGCGACACAAGGACACAAGUACACCUCCUCAUGGCUAAUCGCCAACUGCCUCGAGGAUCGAGACAAAGAGCCAGGCGCUCUGCACCCCGUCUCGUACGUGGGUCACCCGGAGGCGCGAGAAACGGGGACUCUGAGUUUAGUGAAUAAUUGGCAAGCAGGGAAGACUAAUACAGAAAUGGACAUGGCCAAAUCAAUACAAAUGUCAUGCAAAGAAGAACACUGGUUUAAAAGCCAGAGUUAUGAAUACAUUUCAGAAGACGACAUUCAAAAUGGCGAAGACAUUCUGGCUCUGGAUUUGCAGUCAAAUAGGCUUCCCUCUGAAACCACAAUUGGAAAUUUGAGUGGCGCUUCCUCUAAAUAUUGCCCCGUCUAUGAAGAUAUCUCUGAAACACAAAUUUCCACAGAUGUAUGUUUAAUCAUAGAUGAGCCGUCGGGGACACAACUGUCAAACAAUGUCAGACAACCUAUCAAAUCUGGGAGUCCCACAAAUGUCCCGGCCCUUUCAAAACAUUUGUUUAAUUCCGCAAGGCAGUCUCGUGACGGAACCUCAAAUGGUGACAAAACUGGUUUGAUUCCUGGUUUGUUACCUGAGGUUCAUGCAGGUCGUUCUCUGCAGCAGGAAGUCAUUUACAUUAGUUCAGACGAGGAUACAAUGGACCUUUCUACUGAAGAAGAUGGAUCUACCGAUACUGAAAUUCAAGAGAAGGUGACUGAAGCCAUAAGCCCCAUGGUUGAAGAGGAGGAUGCUGAAGAGGAUUGGCUGAUGAUUCCGGUGGCAAUAACAUACCUUGCAUUUGUUGAAGCGAAUGUAAACCAUGUCUCCCAAGCAAAAACCCAAUCUAGUGGUAAAAAUAUGCUGCCUUCAACAACCAAAAAACCUUUGCCAACUUCUCCCAUGAGGCAGUUGGAAGUGUUUGAUACCCUUGAUAGCUUUCUACGAGAAAAGGCUUGCCUAAAUCCCUGUAGCAAUAAAGAUUCUCAGAUUAUAAUUGUUUCUGAUGAUCUCCCUGUGCCAACACCCACAGAAGGCAUCCCAGCAGAAUCAAGUAAUGGAAACAUUGUUCUCCGGUGCAGAGAAAGAUCCAGUUCAUGUGACACCGAAGACAGCAGUGACUACUCGUCCUCGGAGUCCAAUUGCAACUAUUUAACAGUGUCCCCUCAGUGCUGGGAAGACGGAAAUCUCUCCAAAUCACUGAAGAAGAAGAAGAGGAAAACGUGUGAAAAAUUAUAUUCUGCCAAACGGCCUCGUACAAUCACAUUCUCUGACGGCACGGAUGACAGCUGUGUGUUCGAAGUGGAGAUGGAAACGAGCCUGGAGACGGAUGUACCCAUGACACCUGAACCUAAAAGCAGCCCGAUAGAAUCUGAAGGUGAUUGCAGUUCUGUUGAAUUUAAAAAAGCUCCAACAAAAUGUCAUGCAAAAACCGAUCAAACAGCCAUUCUAAAAGGACUAAAGAAACUAACCGAUGAAGGAGCCAAGUUAAAACGCAGAGGUGCAAAGGGCUUGAGGUUGUCUGAAUCGGAGGACGGGGGAGAUGAUUUCCCAGUUCUACGAAUUGGACAUUUGGCUGAAGGUCACAGGUAUCCAGUAAAGGGGCCUCAACAAAGGGCAUUCCUUGACUUGGAGAUUGACCAAAAGCCCCCCUGUGUGGCUGGAGCAGAGGAGCGGGUCUCAACUAGUCAUGAACUCCCAAAACCCAAUCCCAUAAUCCCUCGCUUGUUUUUCAAGAUGCCUUCUGAACAAAGUGAUCCAGUGACACUGAUGGCAGAAUUGACCAUCCCUAAGAACAAAAGAGAUGACUACAGACUCUCGAAACGAACCAAGAAAAACAAUCCGGUUACUUCUGCUAACGGACAACCAAAAUAUAAGACGAGAGACGAGAAAUUACGUUCUGAGAAACGUAAAAUGCUCGAUGGCCCAAUCGGAGAACAGAAAGUAAAUGCAUUUAAUUCCGGGCAACAUGUGACCUCCAAUAAACCAACAUCAGUUUCAAAGGACCACCUGAUUAUCCCAAAGCAACUGACGACGUCCACGGCAGCGCUUCAGAAGUACAAGGCUCAUUCCACGGCUAGCACAGAGCCACCCAGGACAGCGUCCUCUAGUGGCCCAGAGCCACCCAGGACAGCGUCCUCUCGUGGCUCAGAGCCACCCAGGACAGCGUCCUCUAGUGGCCCAGAGCCACCGAGGACAGCGUCCUCUAGUGGCCCAGAGCCACCCAGGACAGCGUCCUCUCGUGGCCCAGAGCCACCCAGGACAGCGCCCUCCAGUGGCCCAGAGCCACCCAGGACGGCGCCCUCCAGUGGCCCAGAGCCACCCAGGACGGCGCCCUCCAGUGGCCCAGAGCCACCCAGGACGGCGCCCUCCAGUGGCCCAGAGCCACCCAGGACGGCGCCCUCCAGUGGCCCAGAGCCACCCAGGACGGCGCCCUCCAGUGGCCCAGAGCCACCCAGGACGGCGCCCUCCAGUGGCCCAGAGCCACCCAGGACGGCGCCCUCCAGUGGCCCAGAGUCACCCAGGACGGCGUCCUCCAGUGGCCCAGAGUCACCCAGGACGGCGUCCUCUAGUGGCCCAGAGCCACCCAGGACGGCGUCCUCAGGCGGCAAAGAGACACCAAGGAUGGCAUUCUCUAGCGGUAUACCGCCAUUCAGGACCGCAUCCUCAGGUGACCAUAACAAUCAGUCAACAUUGGAAACCAAUCCAUACUUCAGCUGCCACUCAAUAAAAAAUACCAAAAAACGAAUCUCUCACUACUGUCGCAGAGCCGACAAGACAAAGGAUUCCGUUCACCCGAAGCCGUCCCUUCUCACCGAAACAGCUCCCAGUUCCAGUAAAGGGCAGUUGAAAUCCAGUAUGAUCUCCAAAUCCUCUAAAACCGGAAGAUAUUCUAUCGAUCCUAAAAGAGUCACAUUCUCAGAUGCUUCUGGGAGCACAAAGGAGUCGGCAAGGCAACAGAUCCGCAAAGAAUGGAAAGAUAACUAUGUCUCAACCAGAAUAUCACGGCGGCACAGCUCUGGGCCGGAGGACACAAGGCGACAUGCUUCCUCCUCUUCCAAAAAUGCUGACAUUUCGGAGGAACACGAUGCAGGGAAAGAUGCUGAGCUGGAACCCUGUCCCGACCCAGCCCAACAGAAGAACAGUUGUUAUACUGCGCCCACCACGCUGCUGAUGAAGAGGACCAAGAAUCAGGCGAUGCGGUUGACUCGGGACAAACACCUCCGCGGGGGCCGCCAGGAGCGAAGGCAUUCAGUAGGCGAGGGCUACAAGUGGUGUCAGACACCGGAGAGCAGGAAUCUUUCCAGAAAGCCUAGGCCGUCGAGUCCUUCCGAGGUUGAGCAGUUGAGCCAGUGGUAGCACAACCUUUUUCUACCUCGGGUUCAAAGCACUAUCAAGAAAGUGUCGGUCAUUUUGAAAAUAAGAAUCUUAUUCAGUACGUGGACGUUAUUUUUUUGUGAUUUAAAUUUUAUAAUUGUAUAUACAUUUUUCAAUACUAUAAGAGGGUCAAACUUUAAUGCAUAAAACUUUGUUGCCAACUUUUGUCUUAACUGUCAAAGGUGUGUUUUUUAAAACUCACUGACAAUAAUACAUCAUAAAUAUAUUAUGAUAUUACAACAUCAUUAAAAAUCUGUUCUGUCGUUUGGGCAUUAUACAUUUUUUAUUUAAUUUUUUAUAAGCCUCACUUUUUGUAAGUGGACUUGCGAUUGUUUUGCUGAAAACGCAUUGAAAUACGUCAAUGGAAGUCCGAGCUAUCUUUUACAGGGGGGGGGGGGGGGGGGGUAAAGGGAAGCUGCAAGUAGGAUCUAUCUUUGCAACAGCUCCAACUGAAUGUAUAUAGUUACUCUUGACGACUACUGCACUGUGUUCCCACUACUUUUACAUAGAUAUUUUAUGUUACGUCAUCGUUGUGGAUGCUGCUUGAUUUUUUUUCAAUUAAAAUAUAUGACAUUUGUAUGCAA